AUGAAUGAAGUCCAUAUCGCGCGCAAUGACAAUUUAUCCCGGGAGGCGCUUCUGAAGAUUACCACGAAUUCAUCACGGAUUACGGUAGUUUUUCCUGAUUAUCUUCUGUUUUCAAGAUUUGCUUUGAGAUAGCCGAAGUCGCGGCGGCCGUCGCUUUCGAGCCUUUUCUCAUUUGGAACAGCGCCACAGUCGUCUACGACAUUUCCAGAGGCCGAACUCCUCCGGUUUGUUCUAGUUUCCGGGCACUAGAGUAAUUGAAGAAAUAAAUCCCUGUAGUGGACAAAAUAAUGCUCCCAGUAUAGUCGAUUGACAGCUAGCGUGGGACGCAAAAAGACGUAGUCUGUCUGCGCUCUCUAUCAACCAGACACUGUCUCGUCCCUUAUCGGUUCAGGACCCUUUUUUUUUGACGGCUCAAGCCAGAUCAGAUAUACAUCCUAUUAUUGUCUCAAUUAUUUUCUCCGUUUCAGUCCAUCGAAGUUCUACCAAGGGAAAGUCUUUACGUCUACUCUCAGGAAUAUGUUGCAUCGGUGAGUUUUCAGUGCUCAAAAUGUGCUUGAAAUUUGAGUUAACAAAAAAUUGAGUUAGGUUGCCAAAAAAUAAAUAUGUGAGAUAAAGGGUUAGAUAAUAAAUUUUUUAACUAACCUGUUUUUUUUUCUUUGACAGAUACAUUUAAUUGAUCGAUUUCUUUAAAGAAAGGAGGCUCGACCUCUGUUUUGCCGCUUCCGAUGCGACAAAUCAUCGAGAGAUUCUCGUUGGCGGCGGCCCUCGCCUACGAACAAGCGAGGCCACGACGCCGAGGCUCUCGCAACACUCCCGCACCAGCUCCCUCUUCUUCUUCUUCCGCCAGCGCCCCCAGUCAAGCCGAUGUUACGCGGCUUCUCCAGGAGCUCUUCGCUGUGAGUUUCGGGUGCCUCAAAACUGGAUGAUGAAACCUCUGAUUCUCAAAAAGGACAACUAUGAGGUAUCGAAUGAAAUGAAAGGAAAAAUAGGAGCCAAGUAGGUAGCCAAUUUUUUUUUUUCGAAAUGUCAUCAUAUCGCUUGAAAAUUUUCCGAAGUUUCACGAUUUUUUUAAACCUUAAUCCCACGUUUUAAAUGUUUUUAUAUACAGUGGUAUCAUAGAAAAAACACAAAAAAGUGAUAAGAAAAGGUGAAAAAUUAUUUUAAAAACAGAAAAAAAAAAUCGGAAAGGCCCUAAAGGUGGGAAAAUUGAUGCACUUAAAAAAAAUAGAAAAUUCGCCGGUUUACAUUUCGUUCCAAUUAGUUGUGUUAAAAAAAUGUUUAUUUCUGAAAAAAAGUAGGUUCUUUUUACCACCACCUUGCUCUAGUUUCCUAAAAAAAUAAUUAUAUUCUAUCAAAGUUUCAUCUCUAUAUAUUAUAUUUGAUUCAUAAAAUUUCGACUUCAAGGUUGAAAAUCGAAUAAGAGUCGUUUUUGUUCUUUUUGUUCAAUUUUGGAAUUGACAGGGUCAUCAGAGCAACGUGGACAAGGCACACGCUAGGAAAGUGUUCGAUGCGGCGAGUUCAAAUAGCUUCAAAAACUAAUCUGCAACUUUUUUUUCAGCUGAACCAAAACAAAGGUAGAGUUCUUCUGGAAUAUCCGGAGUUUGUCGAGAAGUUCAACAAGUUGCCGAAACCUGUCACUUUCGGUUGGAUAAGAAAAGGAAAAAAGAAAAGGAACUUUGAUUUUCUACAGAAGCCUACUUGCCACUGUACGAAGAGUGGGUGACGGAGCUGGAGAGACAAGAGAGAGUGAUGAGAGAUCCGACGUCAGCGGAGGGCCAGAGACUCAUCCAGGAGAAGAUCAACCAGCAGAGGUUGAAUGAACAGUGGGCCACGGUGGGUUCCAAAAAAGCUCUUUUUUUAAGGGAGGCUAGAAAGAAAUGCGUAUCUUUCUGAUUGCUUUUUAGUUUAGUUCCAAGAAGAGAUCUUGAAAUGAUUUCUUUUAUCCGAGAGAGAAUGUUUUUGCGCACCUUUUGAUAUAUAUAUAGUCUGCGUAGGUUUGAUCAGUUUUCCUGAGAAAAGUUUUAAUAAAAUGUCCUACCAAAAAUUCCGCUCGCAAAUUAUUUUAAUAUUUUUACUCAGGACGAUUUUUCGAGAUUUCUGAGCAAGACUUUGACAAGGAAAAUCAUUUCACUUCGCACUUGGAAAUUUCCUGUAAAACUGUCAUAAAACUCUGUAGAGCACCAAAAAAGGGAUCUGAAAGCCUCCAGCUCUGAAACUUAGUUUUUGAGAAGUGAGGGCUUAAAUUCAAAUAAAACCUUCAAAAUCAGAAAAAAGGCCAAUUUUCGGGACUUCGAGCCCUUAUCGCUUUUAAACUAAGAAGUUGUGCAGAUUGCGAAUUUCAAGACCUCAAUUUGGUUUUCGAGGGAUAUGAAUGAAAAUUGGCCCUUGGAGGAAAAAUUCGAGUUAAACUUUUUAUUAGAAUUUUCACGCCGCUGAGAUUUUUUGUGAAAACUGUUUUAAAAAAAAACAGUUUGAGAUUGAAAAAAACUGGAAUCAUUACAGGCAAUGGAACACCAUCCGGAAUCGCUCAUUCCUGUGACGAUGCUCUACGUCAAUUUGAGCAUCAACAACGUCCCCGUCAAGGCGUUCAUCGAUUCCGGUUCCGUUUUGUCCUUUUCUUGUUGUCGGGACUUUUUUCGUAAAUCCAUAUCAAUGGAGGUGUAGUUAUCAUGAAAAAAGUGUUACAGUUUUCGAAAUGAUUCCUUGAGAGUUUCGAGAAACCUCCGAUGCGCAUUUGGUGGCAAUAAAAUUGAUGAAAAUUUUCAGAAUAUAUAUUUUUUUAGUUCUGUUCAUCUGAUAACCUUUUCACUAAGAUUGAAAAAAAUGGUAUGAGGUCGUAUAAAUUCUAUCCAUUUCCACUCGGACCUUGGCAACGGGAACCGAAAGUUUCUAAGCAUCUUUAGUGACCACUUUAGGGCAGUAAGCGCACUUAAAUGAUCCCUAGAGAUCCGCGGCGUCUUCACUCUUAAGUGGUCCCUAGAACUGCUCAGAAACGUUUGCGUUACCGAAGUCUGAGUAUCACUUAGAAGAUGAAUAAUUCUGUUUUUAGGAGCCCAAGUGUCGAUAAUGUCGGAAGAAUGUGCACAAAGGUGCAACUUGACAGGACUCAUCGACAAAAGGUUCAAGGGGGUCGCUCGAGGCGUCGGCGGAGAACAGCGGUUCAUCGGAAAGAUCCAUUUGUGUAGGUGUUGGUCCUGCUUGAAGCUCUUAUUUAGAAAUAAUAUGAGUUCUAGGAUAAUCAGUGAUACCAUUCUAUAUUAGUUACAUAUGCUUCUUUUUUGACCCUGAAAAGUGUUCACUAUGAAUGUCUUCAACGGCCAGAAGGGUUCUUGAUAAUUUUUGAAUAAAUCAGAUUUUUCCUAUUCCCGAUCCUGAACUCCAAUUAUCGAUAUUGCUUCCAGGUGACGUCAAAGUGGAACAGGCCCAUUUCGCCUGUCCUUUCGACGUUCUGGCCGACCGCCAAAUGGAUCUUCUCGUGGGGCUCAACGUCCUCCGGCGGCACAACUGCUGUAUCAAUUUGGCCCGCAACAGGUGAUUUUUAAUGGAAAACUGAAAUAAUGUUGGUUUGCUGAUGGAAUGACAAACAAAAGUGUUCCACUCGGACUCUGGGAAAAAGAAAUGAUCUUCUGAAUUUUUUUCGAAAGAAAAGGUCCCAAAGACUUGAACCAUUUCACCGCUUUUUUGAACUGAAAAAUAGGUUCUUUUUUUUUGAAAAUUAAAUUAAUGUGAUUAGCUAAAGUUUAUACAAUAAUCAUACGCUUUAAUAGAACUAAUAAUCUCAUUUUUGAGACCACGCCCCGUUGCGUCCCAAGUAAAAUCGGAUAUAAAUUUUCGAUAUCUUAAUUGAAUCUGAUUGUUUUGUUAAUGUCAUAGCUGGUUCACGACAGAGUUGAGCCAUCGAAAAAUGGGUCCUGACACGAUGAAAGAAAAAGAGAGAUUGUUUGUUUGCGGAGAGCGCAGACAAGCCACAUCCCUUUGCGUCCCAAGCUAGCCGCUUCUAAAUUUCCAACUACUUUUUGCAGUUUUUUUUUCAGUAAUUAGCCAUUUUUUUAGUGGAUACUGAAGUGAUUUUUUGAAAAAUAAGUCGUUAUUAUCACUUUGUCCAUUUUUUAGACUCGAAUUCGGAGAUGGAACUUCUACGCCGUUCCUGCAGUCGAAUGAGAUCGACCAACAUCUCCAAAACGUCGUCGGAAUUUUGCCCGACGAAGGUUUUGUCUCAGAAAAGGAAUUUUUUGUUUUAAUAAACUCAUUUUCAGAUAAAAUGGACACUACGGAGAAGAAAUAA